AUGAACUCUCCCACAAUGAAAUCAGAACAACUUACUCCAAAACUUUCACCGAUGUCCUUUUGCCUAGAUGAUAAAAAAAAUGCAGGCAGUUUUCAAAAUCUACUAAAUUCACCCACAAAGCUGAAAUUGGAAACUGGUUCAAUUAGUAACUCCUUGUUAUAUCCAACGUCGCUUUCUAAAUUGAGCGAGCUGUCACGGGGUGGACGUUCCAAACAAAGGAGAGGUUCUGACACAAUGAGGUCGGUAUCUCCUAUUAGAUUCCAGUUUUUAAAUAAUACUCCAAAGAUGCUGAAACCGGAGUAUCUAUCUCAAACAACCAAUAAUUUGCCAUUGUUAUCAGCCCUGUUGAAAAAUAGCAAGAAAACUCCAAAAGCAAAUACUGGGGAGGACGGCAGUCUAAAUCCUGAUCACUUGAAUAUAGAGAAAACUAUCAUUAAGCAAACAAUCAAGGACAAACUAGAGCAGUUGCGCAAUGCAGAACACGCUGUCCCAGUCCAAAACAAAGAACAAAAGACCAUGCCGCUCGAAACAAUUUAUUAUGCAGAGGAGCCAACUCCGCAAGAGAAGCCUGAAAAUUCGGUUUCUUUAUACACAACUGUUCCUGCACCUGCUUUGGAAAAUCAUUCAAUGCCCAGUAUAUCUAACGGAUCCACCCACUACUCGCACACUGAAGUAAGCGAGCUGCCUAAGGAUCUAAACUUGGAUAACCUGCCCACCGACAAAAAUGGAUUUGUUCAAUACGGUCCCAAAAGCAACAACAAUAACAGGUACAGUUUCAUUUCUUCCACGUCCACAGACUAUGAGCCAGAAUGGUACGAUGGGCAGCAAAAUAUUUCGAUGCAUAUGCCAUCGAUAACUAAUACGGAGGAAGCAAGUUGUCGUGAUAAGUCCAAUUUGGACAUAAAGAUUAAACAGCUGGAACUUGAAAUAACGGAAUUGAAGCUACAAAAUGAAAAGCUAGUUCACUCCAUGACAACAAACAGAUACAUUGAAGAAAGGUUUAUGUUAGAGGUUAUGAAAGAUCCUAGUAUCCAGGCACAGAAGUCUCAAAGAGAUAUUGAGAGGAAAGUCAAACAGUUGGAAAAGAAAUUCUUUAACUGUAAAAAAGUUCUCAAGAAGUUGGCUGAAUCUCCCACAGUAGUGGCCACCUCCACUUCAAAAACUGAUGGAAAUUCAGCAAGAAUUCCGUGUCCAAAGACUAGAUUGGCAAGAGUUUCUGUUUUGGACCUAAAAAAAAUCGAAGAACAACCGGAUUCUUCAUCUGGAAUUUCUUCCGAGGAAGAUCAUUUCGCGACUGACGAUACAGAUGCUAACGUUAACGAAGACCUGAAAAAUGAGUUUGAAGAAUCAAUUUCUGCCCUUUCAACAACAGCUUCUGUGCAGAGCAAAGAGAGUAGGAAAGGAUUUCAACUCAAUAUCCCCGUCCAAGUCGAUGAAGAGGAAAAAUAA